AUGCCGAGGCCGUUCAACCCACUUCCAGCAUGUCCAAUUCCAAUCCAAUGGGAUGUUAAUUCUCGCAUCCAAGAGCUCCAGGCCAUGAUUGAAGAUUCAACUACCAUUGAGGAGCAGAAAGUUAAUCUGUAUGCUGCCAUUGAUCUCUACAACAAACAUGUGCUCCCAGGGCCCUACAGGUUCAUCCAAGGUGGCAAGGUUGUUAAACUCCAGGAUGUUGAUUUUCACCGUGCUUGGUGGUCAGAAUCCUUGAGCCAGCAACUUGCUCAUGAUUCUUAUCCAGCAGGCAUAGCAAGUGGGCAUGAGGUUAUCCAUCCUAUGUUGCCUAUGAUUGAGUAUAAUGCUCAUGAAAGCCAGGAAGAGACACUGGAUAGAAAAUUACAUGUUGGAAACUGGCGGCGAAGGCAAGACACAUCUGACGAUCCUAUCUGUGGAUUAUUACUUGAGUAUAUUGAAGGCACCACGCUGAACAAAGCAUAUCUCCCACCAAAAAGUGCCCAGAGUUUACGUGAUCAGCUAGAGCUAUUACAUAGUCUGAAAAUUGUUCAGGGUGACCUUUUUCCACAUAAUAUGAUGGUUUCCAAAAACGGUCGUGCCUUUUUACUCGAUGUUAGCGGUGCGCAAAUGGCCUCAGAGGAAGGUCAGCUCAUUCGCAAAACGUCCAGCUUUCUAUCCUGGGCAAAAGACGAGAGGUCUAGACUUGAGUUAUUUCUUUUUCGACUCCAGAAUGCUAGUUACUCCGUUAUGGAAUUUCUUGGUCACGCUCACGCUCUCAUAGUUGAAACGACACCGAGGAGUGAAGUUGUCAGAUGCCCAGAGUGA